AUGCAUUCCGUCUACGGAGCGCGGCGGUCCCGCCACAGUGUCGACCAUCCCUCGCUGGAUUUCGCCGAUGUGCGCGCCUCGUCGAACGCUUUGCAGCAUGCUAUUAACCAGACCGAGGCACUACAUGAGCUCCACCAGGAUAACGAGGUUCUGUGCCGCAAGUGUCUGGCCACACGACGUCGCGCGAAAGACUUGGAUCGGCAGCUAGCUGACGCGGCCAAUGCUGCUUCGCCGUACGUGCUCUUCUGUCAGCACAAGAGCGUUUGGAUAACUCCCCCCGAGCUUGAGGCGUGCCGUCUUCGAUAUCGCGAUCUGGAGCUCCGCUACGACGAAGCGGUUUCUCAGUUUCAGGGCCGCAUCUCUACUUUGGAGGCGCAGUUGAUCGCUGCAUCUUCCUUCGGGGUGAUUGUUCCACACGAUACAGCCCGUCGCAUAGCCGAUCUGGAGUCCCAACUCGCGCGGUCCCAUUCCGACUUGCAAGUAGAACGUGAUCGCCGGGCCUCUCUAACCUCGGAACUCCGUGAAUCGGCCACUUCUCCAAAGGCUGCUCAGGCGGAGGUAGAUCGCCUCGAAGCCGCGAUUGAACGCAAGACCCGCCGCUUCCGUGCUUUGCGCGAAAGCUACGGGCGUCGCUUGAAGGUGGCCGACAACACAAUCGCUGCCCACUCUGUCGAGAUCGCUCGCUUACAGGGCCGGGUCUCGACUCUGGACCAAGAACUCCAGCAAGUUUCCCAGCGCGUUCGCGCGGCGAUCUCUCAGUGUGGCCAAGCCAGAGCAGAGCGCAGCGCCACCCAGGAUCGUGUUUCAGCGGCUCGGGAUACCGUCGCCCGUCUGGAGAGGCGGAUUAAUCAGGUCGAGCGAUCCCAGAUGUCGCGCCAAGACCUAGAGACCGCGCUCGCUACCCUUCGACAGGAGAGAGACCGCUUGGUGGUUCAAAAGGAUGAAUUACUCAGCGAGCUUGGCGAGCGUCUCGGGGAGAUCACUGGUCUUCGAGCCGAACGGGAUCAAGCACAAAAGAGGCUGUCGAACAUCGCGGCUCUACUUCCUUCGGAUCCGAGUCGUAAGCGUGCCCGUACCGAGUCCAGUUCUCCGGCCCGGUCCACGCGCUCCUCCAAGACCGCCCGAUCGACCUUAGGUUCUUUCCCCGCUAGUGCUUCGACUCAGGGUCCGGUACCUGGAUCCUCGAUCGAGGUGCUGUCUACCGUAGCUGCUAGCCAGAGUGCUGGGGCAUCUCCUUCAUCGGCUGCCCAUGAUGUUGCAUCUCCAAUGACACCUCCUCGAUCCAAACGAGCCAGCGUCGCUUUCGAUUCCUCCGCUGGCCCUCCCGAUCGGCCUGCUCGAUCCAUCCGAUCGUCCAAGCUGCCCGCCAGAGGUAGCAGCAGGGGCGCUCUGUCGCCUCCUGCGGAGUCUGAGUCUGGUGCGUCUUCUGACGGCGACGACAGUCUUUCCAACAGAUCCAGCUCUACCCGCGGUCUCGACUCGGAUACCGCAGAAAGCGGCAGCGACUCUUCAGCGUCCAACGCUGAGCUAGCUGACCUGCCGUCUACCCGAGUUCCUCGAACGGAGUGGAUCCCCGGUUAUCGUGAUCGAUGCGUCUUCCACGGCCAUGAUGUCGUCCCCUGGUCUGCGCAGGACAUUCGCCAAACGAGCAUCGUGGAGAUGGACGUGGAUCUACUCUUCCACCGUUUUGCCAAACCAAUGGAAAGGUUAUUUCCUCUCCGCGAUCCCACGCCUCAGCUUGAAGAGUGGCGAGACGAUCUAAUGGACGAGAGCAACAUACGCGACUUGAUCGAGUCUGCUCCAUGGGAGGUCCUCGCUCCUAGAGUCGAUCCCCUCACGUUCUGA